UAAAUAAACUAUUUUUGUAGGGUUUCCAUGUAUAACUUGCCCCAUAUUCAUCAGGGUGGAUGGACGGGGUAGGGGGGCUCACACUCAAAAGAGGUAGCUGUUCUUCCCUUUUGUUGUCUCUCACUUCUUGGGUCAGCAAAAAUGCCUAUGUAUUUGCCGUCUUUUGAUGUUGGGGGUGGUGGGCAAGUAUUGGAUCUGGAAACUGCUGUUAAAGAUGGGAUUUUGGGUGGUGGUGGUGGGGUGGUUGUUCAUGGUGGUGUUACAGAAAAAAAGUUGAGUUUGAAAAAAAUGAUGGAGGAACUUGAUUCAAUUGAAGUUCCUUCAGUUUUCAUAUGUCCAAUUUCUUUGGAACCCAUGCAAGAUCCAGUUACUCUGUGUACUGGACAAACAUAUGAAAGGUCUAAUAUUCUCAAAUGGUUCUCUUUAGGGCACUUUACUUGUCCCACCACAAUGCAAGAAUUGUGGGAUGAUUCAAUCACACCUAAUAGUACUCUUCACCACCUGAUUUACAGUUGGUUUUCUCAAAAGUAUUUGGCUAUGAAAAAGAGGUCUGAGGAUGUACAAGGAAGGGUUUUGGAGAUUUUAGAGACCUUGAAAAAGGUUAAAGGUGAGGCUAGAGUUCAAGGUUUGAAGGAGCUUAGGCAAGUUACUGCUCAUGAUUCAGCCAAGAAAACAGUGAUGGAAAACAAUGGUGUUAGUUUAAUUACUUCACUAUUAGGUCCUUUCACUAAGCAUGUAGUUGCUUGUGAGGCAAUUGGGAUUUUAGUACACUUGGAUCUGAACUCAGAUGCUAAGACUAAUUUGUUGCAACCCAAUAAGAUUUCCCUCAUGGUGGAUACGUUGAAUGAGGGAUCCAUCGACACCAAGAUAAAUUGUACGAAAUUGCUCGAAAUGUUGAUGGAAGGGAAGGAUUCAGAGUGGGAAGUUUUGUCAAGUUUGAGUCUUUUGGUAGGAUUACUUAGACUAAUCAGAGAUAAGAGACACCCAAACGGGGUGGUGUCCGGUCUGAGAUUGCUUAAGUUGAUUUCAUCGCAAGAAUCACUGAGGAACUCGAUUGUUGGUAUUGGGGCAAUCCCCCAAUUGGUGGAAGUAUUGCCCAGCUUGAAUGGUGAAUGCUUAGAAUUAGCCUUGGUUAUCCUUGAAGCUUUGUCUACCCUUCCAGAGGGUGCAUUGGCAUUCAUGGACUGUCGUAGCACCAUUCCAAAUAUGGUCAAAUUGCUCAUGAAGGUAUCAGAGAGCUGCACUCAAUUUGCGUUGUCGAUUCUAUCGGCAGUGUGCAAACUCGCCCCAGAAAAAUGCUCAUCGGUUGCUGUUGAGGCAGGUUUAGCAGCCAAAUUGUUGCUUGUUAUUCAAAGUGGAUGCAACCCCGUGUUGAAGCAACAGUCCGCUGAGCUCUUGAAACUAUGCAGUCUAAAUUACUCAGAGACCAUCUUUAUUUCCAAGUGUAGGCUUACCAAGACAAUGCAAUGAAGGUAACAUGGUGUUGUUCAUACGGUUCAGCUAAUACCCGCAAGGGCAAGGUGCUCAACUGCUCGCGUAAUUGGGCAAGGAGGUACCUACUUGUUGUACAUAUUAAAGAGCUUUAGCUCUCAUGAAAAAGGCUUCAUAAUGUGGAUUAUAGAUAAAAUGCUUAUAUCAGACUAUGGUUUGGUGCCUUCCGUUUGAUCUUUCUGCUCUGAGGUUUUCCAAUAAAGUAUGGCACACCGUAGUUUCAAAUUUGAUUACCUUGUUGCUACAAAUCAUAUUAGCUGUGUAAAAUGGUGGGGGUGGCAAAAUGGGGAAGAAUGUGCAGCAAAGCUAGUGUUUGAAAUUGUAAUUGUACACAUUUCUUUCGGGAUUUUCCGAGUUUAUCCCAAUUCCCAAAUUUUCCCCAAUUAUUUUUAGGAAGUCCUUGUUGACUUUCACUUCUCUGCUCGAUCGGAAUGUUUCACUCGGGAGUUCUUUUUUUCAUUGCGGAGAUCGUCAUUUGUAAAAAAAGCAACAUUUCCAAUAUGUAAUCAACAUUCACAAUGGAUUCAAAUUUUUCCUUGUCAA